AUGGGUAAACGGAAGUCUCAAGAAGAUUCCGAAAUAAUCGAGGACAGUUUUCUGAAGAAGGUCAGAUUUGACGAAACAAUAUCAACAAAUGGAUACCACGUAAAUGGACAUGCCUCAGAUUUGGAAGGAAUUGAUGUUUGGCUGGUCAGGAAACCUAAAACUGUAAGUUUAUUUUGAUUUUACGCUUGUUUCGAAGUUUAGAGAGAGCGUUAUGCCGCACUGAGCAUGAGUCGGGGGGAAAAUAGUCGAUGUUUUAGUUCUAUAGAGCUUUGAAAUUCAGUUUCAUUGCGGUUGAUCAUUGAUGAGGUCUCUAGGAUGGUCUCAUUAAUAUCUUUUAGUAUUCUGGGCGUUCUGUUGGUCUAUAUUGAAUUUUUAUGUUAGAUUGCCCGUUUUGACGUGUUAUAACAUAACUUCUCUAGCAGCUCCCAACGCCGGAGAAUGUUAUAAACUCAGAUAUUUUUGCAGUAGGUCGUCAAUAGAGCCUGGAAUUUUCUGACAGCAUAAAAUUUUCAAUUAGUCUUAGUUGUAAUCUGUUUUCAGUUAUGCAUUGAUGAGCUACAGAACAUGACUUUCCCGAAGAAAAUCAAACCCUCGAAUUGUGAAAAGGCAGUGGCGACGACUCAAGGAGUAAUGGAAUGCGAGUUAGAAGCGCCUAACAAAUCCAUGUACUUCUUUGAAGCUCCAGAAACUCGAGGCGAAAAGAAUCCUAAACUUCCACUAAGUAAGUUGGUCUAGUCUAGAUUCUUUUGGUCAAAAACGGUGGAUUUUUACAAUUGUGUUGAUAAAUGCUAUUUGAAUAGAGAGAAUAUGAAAAUCGAAGUUUAAUUUACCUUAUUUUUGGUUCAGAUUUUUUGACUUGGACUCUAAUUUUAUAAUUUUCCUUUUCAGAGAAGAAGAUCAAAGGAAUUGCAUGGAUAAAAUUGCCUGUUGAAGUCGACGAUCCUUUUCCCCAGGCCAAAGAGGAGGAUUUCGACUUGAUGGAUGUCAAAAUGGAAGAUGAAGAUCUAAUUCCCAUUCCUUUCAAGGUAAAAUCGAUCAGGAAACGACCAGAUUGCCAAUUGGCCUCCAAAGAACGACUAAAAGCAUUCGGAGUCAUUGAAUCGACAGAAAUUGGAAGCCGAAAGAAGGAGAAAUUAAAGAAAGUCAAAAAAGAAUUUCGCUAA